AUGCGGUACCAAUACUGUGAAAAGUGCAAGAAGAAGGUCGGUGAGAGCCACGAGUGUGGGAAGACGUUUUGCACCAUCUGCUGCAAACCGUGCCCAAAAAACCAUGUCUGUGCGCACCCACUUCCAGCUGCUGCCAACCGGGACACAUGUUUGACGAAGCAGGCAAAUGUGCGCUACUUUGUUUACGAUUUCGAGACGAUUGUUCGAUCCAAAGAACAUUCAAUACCAAAUCAUUCAAUACUCGCCACCGAAAGUUGUAAUGUUGCCGCGUACAACAACUGCACGCCCACUAUUGUGCACACAGCGGAUCAUGUUUUCUCAAUGGAUAUUGCUGACAUGACAUAUAUCGAAACAACAGUCUCUCAUUACUCAUUGUAUGAGAAUGGCUCUUCCACCGCGGACAAAACGCUCGACGUCCCAGCAUCUGGUCACUUUUUGAUUAGAGCACCAGACACUUUGUUUGUUCAAAUUGGUUCCCGGAGAUUCAUAUUAGCGCGAUCGUAG